CUGCUUUUCAAUGUUGUCAGUAGUGGUUAUAUCGAACGUGAAAGAAAAUUGUAAAUUUUCAAUUGAAUUUUUGGAUGUUUUACUGCACAUGUAACGCAGUAAUUUUACAAUAAAAAUAAAUUGUAAAACUUCCUAAACGCCGUGCACAUGAAAAUCCAAUGAAAUUUACGAGAUAAACCGUUGAAAAUCGAUCAAGUCGUGAACGGGCCAGCAAGAGGCAGCAUUCUAUUCACAUACACACACACCACUUAAAGCCACACAUAAAAUACGACCACCUUUAGAAGAAGAAAAAACAAAACCCCAAAAAAAGGAAUUCUAAACAUCUUGGAGGAAAAGCAUAACAAUUUUACAAAAUAACCAAUUCCAAGCGAUUUUCGACAAUUACGAAUAAGAUUUUUUAAACAAGAAGAAAGAUAAGCAUUUACAAAAAAAGUGAUUCUUAGUGUUAGAUAAUUAUUUAAAAUAUUUUUUCAAAACAAAAUAUGCCAGAGCAGAGUGUGUAAUAAUAAGCAAAACAGAUUUAACAGAUAUAUAAGAAAAACGUGCCUAAAAUUGUGUUCUUCAUUUGCUGCUGUGUUUCAAAUACAAGAAAAAAUUAGAGAAAUUCAUUCUUCGAAUAAUUCUAAGUAUUAGAAUAACAACAACAAAAAGUUAUUGUCAUUUGUGUAAAUGAAACCAAACGAAAAAUCCCAACAACAAAUCAAUUCUCUACAAAAAUAAAUAAAGUGAUACAACAGAAGGCUGAUCCACCAAUUCAUUAAUUUAUCAAAACAACAACCAACAGGGAAACAACAACAAAGUCUUUUUUCUUUUUUUAAUCCAUCAGUAUAAAAAAAAGAUAACCAAAUGUAUCCCGUUGGACAACAAACACAAUGGACUACUCCCACGCACACAAGGCCUCAGAGCCCGUCUCAACAGCAGACUAGCUUCGAUACACUCACAUCACCACCAGCACCUGGUUCAUCUGUGAAUCCCACCGCUGUAACUAGCCCAAGUGCUUCUAUUGUUGCUGUGGGUGGGGCCGUCGGUGGAGCCUCAUCCACCCAGGCAGCUGUUGACUCGGCAUUAGGUGCUUCAUCGACUGUUACGCCAGCAACAGCUGCGGCGGCUGCCACUCCCACUCAACCUGAACUGCCUGUCUUUACAUGUCCUCGCCGUCCGAAUUUGGGCCGCGAAGGUCGGCCCAUUGUACUGCGAGCCAAUCAUUUUCAAGUUAGCAUGCCACGUGGCUAUGUCCAUCACUAUGACAUUAACAUCCAGCCGGACAAGUGUCCACGCAAGGUGAAUCGUGAAAUUAUCGAGACCAUGGUAUCGGCUUACGGUAAAAUAUUUGGUGUUAUAAAACCUGUCUUUGAUGGCCGCAACAACUUGUACACCCGUGAUCCCCUGCCAAUUGGUAAUGAUCGCUUGGAAUUGGAGGUAACAUUGCCGGGUGAGGGCAAAGAUCGUAUAUUCCGUGUGACCAUAAAAUGGAUGGCUCAAGUAUCGUUAUUCAAUUUGGAAGAGGCUUUGGAAGGCCGAACACGACAAAUACCAUAUGAUGCCAUUUUGGCAUUGGAUGUGGUCAUGAGACAUUUACCCAGUAUGACAUAUACACCGGUGGGUAGAAGUUUCUUCAGCUCUCCGGAUGGCUACUACCAUCCACUUGGUGGUGGUCGUGAGGUAUGGUUUGGUUUCCAUCAAAGUGUCCGACCAUCCCAAUGGAAAAUGAUGCUAAACAUUGAUGUUUCGGCCACUGCUUUCUAUAAAUCCCAGCCAGUUAUUGAUUUCAUGUGCGAGGUCCUUGAUAUCAGGGAUAUUAAUGAGCAACGCAAACCCCUCACCGAUUCGCAACGUGUCAAGUUUACAAAAGAAAUCAAAGGUUUGAAAAUCGAAAUUACCCAUUGUGGACAAAUGCGACGCAAAUAUCGUGUCUGUAAUGUCACAAGAAGGCCAGCUCAAAUGCAAUCAUUCCCUCUACAACUUGAAAACGGCCAAACGGUCGAAUGUACUGUGGCCAAGUAUUUCCUCGAUAAAUAUCGCAUGAAACUACGUUUCCCCCAUUUGCCAUGUCUGCAGGUGGGCCAGGAACACAAACACACCUAUUUGCCAUUGGAAGUUUGUCACAUUGUUGCCGGCCAGAGGUGUAUUAAAAAACUCACCGACAUGCAAACGUCAACGAUGAUCAAGGCAACCGCACGAUCAGCUCCCGAUCGUGAACGUGAAAUCAAUAAUUUAGUUAAGAGAGCCGAUUUCAAUAACGAUUCAUAUGUUCAGGAAUUUGGUCUGACAAUUUCUAACUCCAUGAUGGAAGUUAGAGGCCGUGUUUUGCCGCCACCCAAACUGCAAUAUGGCGGUCGCGUAUCCAGCAUGACGGGACAGCAACUUUUCCCACCACAAAACAAGGUGUCCUUAGCUUCGCCCAAUCAAGGUGUUUGGGAUAUGCGUGGCAAGCAAUUCUUUACCGGUGUUGAGAUCAGAGUUUGGGCCAUUGCCUGUUUUGCUCCCCAACGUACCGUGAGAGAAGAUGCUCUACGCAAUUUUACCCAGCAAUUGCAAAAGAUAUCUAAUGAUGCUGGUAUGCCAAUAAUUGGACAACCAUGUUUCUGUAAAUAUGCCACUGGACCGGAUCAAGUGGAACCAAUGUUUAAAUACUUAAAACAAUCAUUUGCCAGUCUACAAUUGGUGGUUGUGGUAUUGCCGGGCAAGACACCAGUUUAUGCUGAGGUAAAGCGUGUCGGUGAUACCGUUUUGGGUAUGGCAACACAAUGCGUUCAGGCCAAGAAUGUCAACAAAACGUCACCACAGACUUUGUCGAAUCUUUGUCUCAAAAUCAACGUUAAAUUGGGUGGCAUCAAUUCCAUUCUGGUACCCUCGAUUCGGCCAAAGGUAUUCAAUGAACCCGUUAUUUUCUUAGGCGCCGACGUCACCCAUCCACCGGCUGGUGAUAAUAAGAAACCAUCAAUUGCCGCCGUCGUCGGUUCGAUGGAUGCCCAUCCAUCGCGUUAUGCGGCCACAGUACGUGUCCAACAACAUCGUCAAGAAAUCAUACAAGAACUUUCCAGUAUGGUCCGUGAAUUGCUGAUAAUGUUUUACAAAUCGACUGGUGGCUAUAAGCCACAUCGUAUCAUUCUAUAUCGCGAUGGUGUUUCCGAAGGACAGUUCCCCCAUGUACUGCAACAUGAAUUGACAGCGAUACGUGAGGCGUGCAUUAAACUAGAGGCUGAAUACCGUCCAGGUAUUACAUUUAUUGUUGUACAAAAAAGACAUCAUACAAGACUAUUUUGUGCUGAGAAGAAAGAGCAAAGUGGUAAAUCGGGUAAUAUACCGGCGGGUACAACGGUCGAUGUGGGCAUAACACAUCCAACCGAGUUUGAUUUCUAUUUGUGCAGCCAUCAAGGUAUUCAGGGUACCAGUCGACCUUCUCAUUAUCAUGUUCUAUGGGAUGACAAUCACUUCGAUUCUGAUGAACUACAAUGUCUAACAUAUCAAUUGUGUCACACCUAUGUCCGUUGUACCCGUUCUGUUUCUAUACCAGCCCCAGCCUAUUAUGCUCAUUUGGUAGCUUUCAGAGCAAGAUAUCAUUUGGUUGAAAAGGAACACGAUUCUGGUGAAGGUUCCCACCAAAGUGGCUGCUCUGAGGAUCGUACACCUGGAGCAAUGGCUAGGGCCAUUACUGUACAUGCAGAUACCAAAAAGGUUAUGUACUUUGCCUAAAUUGAUUUCACAUAUUCAUUUUAUUUUAAAUUCUAAAGUAAGAGCUCCUCCCUUAGCAAAGCAAAUGGUGGAGAGCAAUAAAAAAACUCUCCAGUCUCUCUCCCCUUCUCAAAUAAAUACACCUAUUACCCCCUCUUAUGAAAGAACAAAAUGCCAAAACCAAAAAAUAAGAAACAAACUACGAACAUUUUCCAAUUACAAAAUCUUCUAUUAAGAAAAGAAAGCAAACAACUAGCAAAAGGAACACAAAUCAAAGCAUUUUUUUUUUUUUGGAAAAAGUUAACACAAAAACAAUGUAACAAUUAUCAAUCAUGUGAGAGCAAAAAAUGCAACUAAUUGAAAAAUAUCUUCUUUCUUUUGGUGACAUAUGAUAUAUACAUAUAGAUAAUAGUUAAACUUAAAAAUUCAUUUAUUUUAAUGAAACAAACAAACAAAAACAUAGUAGGAAAAAAUACAAAGAAACUAUUUAUAAUUUCCCCUAGACUAAGUUUUAUGUUUAUUUUAUAAAAAACAAAACAACUAGCUUUUAAAAGAAUAAAAAAUACGGAAAAAUUGAUAAGAAAUUAAAAAAAAUACGGAUUUGCUGAAUAUUGACAUAAAGUAUACUUUAAUGAAGGAGAAAAUGGUUUUCAUUGAAUCUUGCAAUUCUAUGCAAUAUCUGGACUAUCUAAACAAUAAAUUAAAAAAAUGCACACACAGAACAAUACAUGUGAAAACAUUUGACAUAAUUUAAUGAAAAGGGAUCAACAUUAUAAUAAAUAUAAUGAAAACGAAAUGGCAAAACAAAUCAAUCUUGUAGGUUUAACUGUUGUUUUUGAAAUUAUAAAAAUUGCCUUUCCCUUUAAAUAUCAUUUUUAUUACUUACAACCAAAGCUUUUAUUUAGACAAUUUUGUUUUUUUAUUAUAUAUUUUUUUAAAAAUAUAUUUUUGGGACGAAAAUUCCAUUGCAUCCAUCAUCCAGUAGGCCACCAUCUAAUAUAAAGAGAAUAAAACUAAAAUCCAGAAUCUUCACAUAAUAUCAGGUUUGUGCAGGCGAGCCAUCAGUUUUAGGAUAUUGUAAAGCUGUUUUCUUUUCAAAAGGAAAGACAACAAACAAAAAACAACAAAUUUCCAAAUGAAAAGUUUUUCCACUAGAACCUUUUUUCGAUACAAUUUUCUAUUAAAAGCUUUCCCUUAGAAAAGAUGUUAGUUAAAAAAGUUUUUCACAGAAUGUUGUUCUAUAACAUCUUUUUCUUUAGGAAAGUUGUUCGAUAACAAACUUUUCUUUAGGAGAGUUGUUUGAUGGCAACCUUUUCUUUAGGAAAGUUGUUCGAUGACAACCUUUUCCUUAUGAAAGUUGUGCGAUAACAAACUUUUCUUUACGAAAGUUGUUCGAUGACAACUUUUCCUUUAGAAAAAUUGUUCGAUAACUACCUUUCCUUUGGAAAAAUUGUUCGAUAACAACCUUUUCUUUAGGAAAGAUGUUCGAUAACAACCUUUGUUUUAGAAAUGUUUUUCGAUAACAACCUUUUCUUUAGAAAAAUUGUUCGACAACAACCUUUUCAUUAGAAAAGCUGUUUGAUAACCAACUUUUCUUUAGGAAAGUUAUCGAUAACAAGCUUUCCUUUAGAAAUUUUGUUAGAUAACAAUCUUUUUUUAAGAUAAUAGCAUUUUCUGCAAAAAAUUUGUCCUAUAAUAGCGUUUUCUGCAGAAAAGUUAUCCGAUAAUAGUAUUUUCUAUAGAAAAGUUGUCCGAUAACAACAUUUUCUGUAGAAAAGUUGUCCGAUAACCACAUUUUCUAUAGAAAAGUAGUUCGAUAACCACAUUUUCUAUAGAAAAGUAGUUCGAUAACCACAUUUUCUAUAGAAAAGUAGUUCGAUAACCACAUUUUUAAAUAGAAAAGUAGUUCGAUAACCACAUUUUCUAUAGAAAAGUUGUCCGAAAAUUGCUCACGUACAACCCUUAAAAUAGCAAAGAACGAUUGGUAACACUGCUGUUAGGCAAAAGUAUUCGUUAUGGAAAAUAUUUCUUAUGCAUAUAUAGUUUGUUCUUGAAGUGAAGAUUGCACUCUAAUUUGAUUAAAUGUCAUAGUUAUUCUUCAAACCUUUUCGAAUCGUUGUCAAGUUAUAUUAAAACUCCUCACCCCAACCCUUUUGAUUUCAAGCAACUUUCGUAAUAGUUCUAAAGGCUUUUAAAUGCUUUUUAUUUAGUUCUAAGUGCCUGUACUAAAGAAAAAAUACAAAUAUGUGAUGGGAACCAAAAUGUCGUUUUGAAUUGUUAUUAAAUUGAAAUUUUCUGGUUUCCAUAGUAUAUAGUCUUUUGUCGAUCCGUCUUAAAGCAACACAAAAUAUUCACUCAAUAAUUCACUAGUGCAUAUAACAUAUUACAAAUAUUUUAUUUCUUCCACUUACCUUCCACACAAUAUGAUCAUCAUUAGCAUCAUUAUCCACAAUGCCAUAUUCUUCUUGAAGUUCUUCUACUCAAUAAAAUACAAUUUUUGUUAUACAAUGCCUCGUAUUAGUAUAUGACACACAUUGUUUUAAGUUAAUCUAUAUAUGUAAAUUUAAGUUAAGCAAGGCAAACAAUUUCUAUAAAAUAUAUACAUGAUAUUUUUUUAAUGGUGUACGGGUUCAAUAUCAUUUUUAUUUCAAAUUUUAUUAAAAUAUUCUCUCUAUCUUUUUUUUUUUAAUAACAAUGAUAAUACAAAUGAAUGCAAGCUAAUAGUGUAUGUAAUGCUAAUUACAAUUUAAUUUUAAUUAUUUACCUAAGAUAACACACACACCAACACAAAAAUACAAAAAAUAAUUUAAAACUUAACAAAACAAAAGUAAACAAAAAGAAAAAACAAGGACACAGUUCAAGUUAACAUUUGAUUUUAUUAUUUUAAAUAAUAUAUAUAUUGUACUAAACAAAGAAAAUAAACAAAAUACAUGUAUUUAUAUGUUUUGAAUAUAUGUCCUUUUUGUUGUUUUCAACUGAAACAUGCAUGUGCCUGUAGUAUAAAAGGCAGACGACAAGCUCAAUAUUUGAUGUUCAGAAGAUUGAGAGUUAUUCGCGGAAAAUUUCGUAAAAAAAUAAGAAAGAAGACCACCACUCCAAAUGGGGUUUUCAUAGUUUUGAAUUACUUUGAGUAAAAUUCAACAAAAAUUGGAAAAACACACCCACCCAUCCUGUAUGAGUUUCAUAUACAGGGUGAGAUAAAAAAACUGCAACAAAGUCAAACGCUAUAAGUUUUACAUUCGGAAAUAGCAUCAAAUUUUUAGAAUAAGUUAAGAUAUGUUCGAAUCGGUCACCUUUGGCACGAAUUUUGACCUUCAAACGGCCAAUGAAAGCGUCACACGCUGCCCGAAUGUAUUUUGGUCCAUUCCCGGUGAAGCGCUUGCUUGAGGUGAUCGACACUUUGGUAUUUUUUAGUGCAAACCUUGCUUUCCAAAAUACUCCAGACACAAUAGUCCAACGGAUUGGUAUCCUGAGAUUUUGGUGGCCAUUGUGUGCUGGAAAUGAAGCGAGGAACCUAAUUUUGUAACCAUUCUUGGGUGGCGCGUGCUGAGUGCAAUGCUGCUGAGUCCUGUUGGAAUGUCCAAGGUCCGCGGCCAAAACGUUUGCGUGCCCAAGUCUUUAAUAUACCCUCCAGAAUAUUUUCGCGAUAAUAUUCGGCAUUUAUUCUGUUGCCACGGUCGAUUAAUACAAGCGGAGCGGCUGUUAUUGCGGUCCACACCAUCCCCAUGGCCGGCGCUUGAGUUCUGGUGGCCAACCGAAGGACAACGAAUGUUUUCUCAUCGGAGAAAACCAAUUUCGGCCAAGCGAAGCAACUAAAGACUUUUAAGUCUAUUUUCUUUUCGUUGCAGUGUAAGUUCUUGCAUUUUUGGAAUUUCAAUGGCUUUACCCUGAGCUCAUUUUUCAUUAGAAUAUUGCGAUAUGUUCAGCUCACGAGCCAUUUUUCGACCUCUGCGACGCGGGUUUCGAUCAAGUCGCUUCGUUUUUUCCGUAAAUUUCCUUGACGUCGGUCUACGCUACCACGGUAACGAGCGAUAGUACCAGACACAAAAGAUUUAUUUACAUUUAAAUGCUGGAGUGCUCUAGCCAUAGCCACAGCCACUUGUGGUUUUCCAGCCAAAUACAAAUAAAUUUUUUUCUGGGGAAUUCUCACCAAAAUGCUUUGGUACGCUUGUAAACAAUAUAAUUAGCUGUCACUGAAAUAAUUUUAACAGCUGUCGGACGAGUGGCUUAGAAAUGACAGAAGUCUGAAGGUGGUUGCAGUUUUUUCAUCUCACCCUGUAUUUUUUUUUUUUUUUUUCAAAAUCCUUGUAGGUAAAGGAAUCCAUGGAUCUUCUAAAACCCGACUUCCACACUCUAGCAAAUUAUACAAUUGUAGAGUUUUUGGAAAGGAAUAAUAUUUUUGAGUAAAAUUGAAUCCUAAACAAGCCUAUUCAAAAUUAACAAAAAUUGAGUGGUUCGAUAUUCUCGCCAAACUUAACAAAUAAAUAAAUACUUGAGCAAUUGUCACUACUUCGACAUGCAUGUUACUACUGUCACUACUUCGACAUUACAUUUACUACUCUUAAGCAGCCAUUAAAUGCAAAAACCAUUUUUCAUUAUUUUACUUUUUUUUUUUAAUGAUGUCAGUUUACUUACUUUCUAUUUUAAUUAUAAUUUAAUACAAAAAAAAUAUUUUCUAAAGAAAACAAAACACGAAAAAAAAAAAAAAACAAACAGCACUACACAAGGGACUUUUUUUAUUUAAAUUUAUUAUAGAUGAUUCUUAUUGUAAUGUAACAGCUAAAUUGUUGGCAACCCACAACAACAACAAUUAGCAUAAAAACAAAACUUAUCCAAAAGAAACGAAUGCGGAAAACUAAAAAAUACAUUAAAUAUAAGCUACACAUAGAUCAUUAUAAAAGAGAAAUAAAUAAUAUCAUGAAUAAUAUAUGAUCUUUGCCACAAAAAGGCAAACCAAAAAAAAGUGACAGAUAUAUUUGUACAAUUAGUGUUUUUUUUUAUAGAUUUUAGUCACUCUAUCCAUGUACUUUCCCCCCACCAUUAUGUGAUUAUAUUUAUGAUGAAAUUUAAUUGAAACGAUAUCAAAACAAUUUGAUAAAAAAUAUUAUAUAACCAUUUUUUUCGUUAAACUAAUUAAUUUUUUAAUAUUUUUUGUUUACCUAAAAAAUAGAAGAUACACACACAUAGAUCCGUAGACAUGCCUUGAAAGAGAAAUUACCAAAAUCUUCAAUAAUAUGAUCUUUGCCCCUUAGCACAAGAAAAGUCAACUCAAAAAGUGACCGAUAAACUUGUAAAAUUCCGUACAAUUUUUUUCCAUAAAUAACUCAAUUGAAUUCGAAAAAAGGAAUCAAAUAAAAAAAAAUCCAGGCAUCAAAACAAAGCUUCAUAAAACAAUAACAACACUCAAUUUGUGAUAAAAACUACAACACAUUAUUUACCAACAAUUCGCUAGUGUUCAUCCAAUUGCCUACUCAUUCGUAUACUCCAUAUUUUUUUUAAAUCUGUAAGGCCAAAGAAGGAACACAAUGUGUACUAGGCUUAUACCCACCUCAAUAUUCGUGUAAGAAAAAAAUUAUAUAAAAUUAUUAAAUUGUUGGGAAAGCUUACCCUUUAAUUAUCGGCAAAAAGUGCUCUUUUCAACUUCCAAUUUCCAAUAACUAAGCAUCUCUUUCCCAGAUACAGGGUGAGAUAAAAAAAACUGCAACAAAGUCAAACGCUAUAAUUUUUACAUUUUUUUUUUUCAAUUUUAUUGAAUGAAAGCAAAAAAUGUCGGAAAUAGCAUCAUAUUUUAGAAUAAGCUCAGACUGGUUCGAAUUGGUCACCAUUCGACACUAAUUAUGGCUUCAAACGGCCAAUGAAACCGCCACACGCUGCCCGAAAGUGGUUUUGCGGUAUUUUGGCCCAUUCCUGGCGAAGCGCUUACUUGAUUAAAACGAGCGGAGAGCGACCAUUGGCUGUUAUGGUGGCCUGUCCUGAUUGAGUCUUGGACUAAUAUGUGUGGAUAUGGCGUACAAGGUUGGCUUCUGAACGAUGUGGGUGACUAUCGACAGGUUGAGAACUUUUGUCAGAUACUCAACACCCGGCAUUGUACUUUAAUUGGUUCUUUCGAAAAUUGGCAAUAUUGGUUCAGGUUUCGACACACCAGCCCCGAACAUUUCAAUGGAUAAAAACUUGUUGAAUCCCUAUUAUUAUAGUUGCAAUAAUUUUUGGUAUUUUGUGGGUUCCAGACAUUUUUUCUUAUAAAAUUAGCUUGUUUGUGUGAGUGUCAAGUCAUUCAUCGCCUUAUAGAAUAGACCAGCUGCUUUCAGUUCUUACAUCCAUGAUCCAACGGUCGAAGUACUGUCUGAAAUAAGACUGCUCUUGUACGUGAUUAUGCCAGCCUUUCCAAAGUUUAGGACGGAGAGGAAGGACAUAUAUCGAUGGCAAACUGAAUUAAAAUACCAGCUUAUCCCAUUUACUAUUCUCAGAGUAUAUACAGAGUGUUUGACCGAUUUCCCUACAGAAUUCUCUUCUUUAUUGGAAUCAGAGCACAAAUUUGCCAAUUUUCACUCCGGAGUGAAACUUGCUCGAAGAGUGGCAGUUUUUUUACGGAGUUUAUUUUAUUUUACUCUUCACUCUUUUUGUUUUGUGUGUGGAGAGCUCUUCCGAGUCACUCUUGUUUGAAAAAAUAGAAUGAGAGUUUGCUCUAAGAGUGAAAUCGAAUAUGAUAAAAACUAACAGAGUGCUCGGAAAAUCUGGUCGUUUUCGAUUGAAACCGAGAAAUGGGGUUUGCCCAGGAUUACUGCUGCUCGACUUGAGCGAGUUUUGCUCUUUACUGGCGAAUUUUAGCAAUAUUUUUCGGAAGUCUGAUUGGAAUUGUUGUCUGCAUUCCAACAAACUGGGGUUAGUUUCUUGCAUUCUCGUCAUAGAGAAACAGAUCUUUAAAUGGAUCCAUCUGGCCUCUAGGGAAGUAAAGUUUUCUCUUUACCCUUUCACCAUGCAGACAGUGAGCGUGAAGUGAAAACUCCACUACCCUAGCGGUCAGAUGGAUCGAAUUAAAGGCCUGUUUCUCUAUGACGAGGCGAAAGUGGAAUCGAAAUAGAAACAAUCAUUCCUUGUAUUGUUUUUAAUUUUUUUAACUUUUUAAUUAUUUUACAAAAUACUCCUUGAACUCCUUGAACUCGAGUUCACUUUCGUAUUAUUUGUUGAAGGCUCCUUCUUUAUCACAAAUCGGCUUCAUGCAGGACUUCCUGUAGAUUUUCCAUUUACAGAAAGGAGUAUUGCCAGUUAUCAAGUCCUUUACUUCAGCAAUUAUUGCUCUUUUCCAAAACUGCAAGAGUGUAAAAAUGUUUGUUACGUUAACCGAUGUUUCUCUUAUGAUAUCGGAAAAAAUUGCAAAACUUGUAGAUUCUUCCAGGUUUUGGAUUGUUUAUAAUUGCGAGAAAAGAAAGAAAAAAAUUUUAAAAUUCUAACAAAAUCUUAAAUGCUCUACAAGUUGUAUUCUUUCUUUCAAAGGGAAUUCGUAUUGGAUAUUUAAAGAUCAAAUAAAAGGGUUAACCAUGCUUAAAGACACUUCCUAUGCAAUGCAAAAUAAAUAUUUAAAUUUGAAACGAAUUAUUUACUUUUAAAAAUCCAAGUAUAUAAAUAUUUUAUUUGAAGCAAUGAGAAAAUAUAGAUAAGAAUCAUUCUUUAGCCAAACUAAAUAUGAAAUUAAGACACUCCAAAUUAAAUUUGUCAACUUCCACCUGAGUUUUCCGCUUAAAAAUAUAUCAGCCUCCUUGUUUCUCUCACAUUUGAAAAAAAAAACAGUCUUAGAUGUACACAUGUUAAUCCCAAAUAUAUAAAUUAUAUUAUAUCUUAUUGUUUUUUUAUAAUCAAAUUAAUUUGAAUUUGUGAUGCGCAAUUAAAACUAUAUUCUUAUGGCAUUCUCAUUGGAAGGGAAUUAAAAAGAUAUUUUUGCAAUUGGUAAUAUUGUACUGAAAAAAUAAAGCCAAUAGAAUAUAUUUCUUUUUAUGGGAAAAUAUCAUUGAAAGCGAACGAUCAAUAUAUCUUUUCUUGCACCUUUCUCCCAUAUACUUUAAGUUUUCAAUUAAAUACUUCAAAUAUCCAAUGUCAGACUUACUUAUUUUUUUGAGACUAAUAAUCUUUUCCCUGGCAAAAAUCCUAUUAAUUUCCCAUUUUCCAUUUGAGAAUGUUUAAGAGCAACUCCCCAAACUUCAAAGAAACUUAUCGGUCUCAUUAUCAAUUAACAAAACAAUUAAAAUGCUUAUAAUUAGAUUGUACUAGCAAAAUAUGUUAAAUUAGAUUACAAAAAUAACAACAAAUAAUCACUCAAAUUAUAUACAUAACAUAAAUAUUUACAUCUAAAAAAAGGAAUUGUUAAUAUGAAAAAUCAGCAUAUUCCAAAACGAAUAUUUUACUAUACAUGAUUGUAAUUAUUUUCAAAUGCCGGGAAUAAUAUUUAAAAAACAAACACAUGAAAACAAAGCAAACCAUAUUUUAUUUAUAAGUAAAAUUAAUUACACAUUCAAUUUAUUAAACAUUAAGAAUAACAAACAAAGAAUGAUCAAAUGGAUUCAAAAUAUUCAUAUUAAAAUAAUAUUAAAAUAAACAAAUUAGUUAUUUAAGGACCUGAAGAUAUCCUCCAACAAAACCAACUUAACAAGAAAUUGAAAUACGGUAAUGAUGUGAUUUGUAUUUAUGGGCUAUAUGUGGAGUUUUUAGCUGCCAAUUCGAUACACAAUAUCUCUGUAUUUGAAUAAAAUCUUAAAAUUGUAAUUUCUUUCAAAAACAAAAACUCCCUGUGCAAAAUUAAAGGGAGUUUGCAAAGAAAUUAAAAUAUUUCCAACGAAAAGCAAUUUUGUUCUAUAUAUAUUCAGCAAUUUUGAUAUAUUCAGCAAUUUUGAUUGAUAAAUUUCGAAAAACAUUAAUUUAUGCCAUAUUUCCAAUAGUUAUCGUUUUUAAAUUAUUUCUGCAUUCUAUGCCAAUAACUUAACAAAGGCGGCCAAGCAAAAUUGCUGAAAUUGCCCAUUCUGGAUUGUAUUUUCAGACUUCUAUGUUGCUCCACAGACAUUCUACACACACAUAUUUGAGUCACUUAAAUUGCAUCAUAACACGAACGUUUUUCAAAUACAAAGACAUAAAAUGGUAAAGACUGGACAAAAUGCAUAAUGGAAAAAUAGUUAAUGUGAAAAAUAUAUAGAGGCGCUGCUCACAACAGUGAUCAUCAUUCGCGUUGCCAACAUCACAAUUUACUUUUCCUUCUCAAUUUUGCUUAUUGGUAGAAUGAAUGAUCAUCCUUUGGAAAAUUUAAUCAAUUGAUGAUUUUGAGCCAUCUCGGAAUUUCAUGAGAUAACAUAGGACAUAUUAUUAGUCCGAUUAAUAUUGGUCACUUGAAUAUACAUGAUUGAUUUGAAUCAGAGGCAACUUUAACAUCAACCUCUUCCGAGUCUUCAAAAUUUCUUUAGCCCCCAUCAACAAAUCUCUUGAUAUUUACAACAAUCUCUAUCAUUACUCUAUUCUUUUCUUGUUACAAACGUGCCGAAUAUUUGGAUUCAUAUAUUUCGGCACAAAUUAAAAAACGAUAUGUGGGAAUUAUUGUAAACUUUUGGUGAUCUGCAAACAAUUUUGUGUGUAAACCAUUUUUUUAAUAAAAAUAAAUUUAACAAUAAAGAUUUUGUUUUCUGAUGAAUGAUAUAAUAAAAAGAAAAUAUAUACAAAAGGCAAAUUAGCAAAGGUAUUCAGUUGUUGUAGUUGAAGAAAAAAAAACUUGAAAUUCAUCACAAUUUUCAAAUAAACCAAUCAAAAGAAAAGAAAACAUCGUUACUUUUUAGAUGAUUGCAACAAAAUGUUUUGAAAAAAAAUAA